CGGAGAUGUGCCAAAAUGCCGUGCCAAUAAAGUGGCCGUUGGGAGGUAAAUCAGCUUGGUGCCUAAGUCCGUGCCUAUGUCCGUGCCAAGAAUUAUUUAUAAAUACCCAUCCUUUUUUAGUUUUGUACUCACACUCAAUUUUUCUUCAUAGUUAAUGAUAUAGAAUGAUGAAUAUGGAUUUGCAAAGAGAUGUUGCCUAUGCUAUAUGUGGAUGUUGAAGUGAACAUUGUGCAUUGGAUUUUCUCGGAAGAAUUUAUAUUUUGUGUCCGUUCGUAGGCACAAUGAAUAGAGAAAAUAGAAAUUGGAUGUACAAUAAAUAUGUUGACAAUGGUAGAGGAUUAACAAACGAGUUUAAGAAUGGAGUUAUUGAAUUUGUUAAGUGGGCACAACAACAAACACAGUACAUGGACGGAAAUAAGAUAAGAUGUCCGUGUAAGGAGUGUAAAAAUAACAAAUUCUUGCUUGGUGAGGACGUGUGUUGGGAUUUAUAUACUCAUGGUUUUAUCGAAAACUAUUACAAUUGGACUUCUCAAGGAGAACCGAUUGAGACAUGUUAUUUGCCUCAACCUGUGGGAACAUCUUACUAUGUUCCCGAUGAGAUGGCUGCGUGGGGAAAUUAUGCAGAUAUGGAAUGGGAGCAAAGAAUGGUUUAUGAUU